UUGUUUCACUGCGCAGGCGUCUCUCGGGGAAGAUGGCGGCGCCCAUGCAGGCACAUUUAGAUGAGGAGGAAGCAGGACAUGAGCCGAGGCUUCGAGAUACCCCCGAAGACAUUUCCCUUGACGCAGCGGCAAACACCAUUGCCUUUCACCCUAGCCGGGAUAUCAUAGCUGCAGGAGAUGUGGAUGGUGAUGUCUAUGCGUAUUCCUUUUCAUGUCUGGAAGGUGGGAACAAAGAGCUUUGGUCCUCUGGGCAUCAUCUGAAAUCCUGCCGGGAAGUGUCCUUUUCUCAUGAUGGAGAAAAGCUCUUCACGGUAUCCAAGGACAAAUGCAUUCAUAUCCUGAAUGUGGAGGAGGGCCGUCUGGUGACACGCUUUCCCAAGGCACACAGCUCUGCCUUGAACAGUCUGCUGGUGAUAGAUGAGCACUUGUUUGCCACGGGAGACGACAAUGGGGAGUUGAAAGUGUGGGACCUGCGCAAGGGCACCUCCAUCAUGGAGAUGAAGCAGCAUGAAGAGUACAUCAGCGACAUGGUCCUGGAUGGGAACAAGAAGCUGCUGCUGACAACCAGCGGUGAUGGGACCAUGGGGGUCUUCAACAUCCGAAGGCGGCGCUUUGAGCUGCUCUCUGAACCUCAGAAUGGAGAUCUGACAGCCAUCUCUUUGGUGAAGAGAGGAAAGAAAGUAGUUUGCGGCUCCAGCGAGGGGACUCUUUACCUCUUCAACUGGAAUGGGUUCGGUGCUACCAGCGACCGGUUUGCCUUGAAAGCAGAAUCCGUUGACUGCCUGGUCCCCGUUACAGACAGCAUUGUGUGCACAGGCUCCACUGAUGGCAUCAUCAGGGCCGUGAACAUCUUGCCCAAUCGGGUGAUAGGCAGCGUCGGGCAGCACGUAGGAGAACCCAUCGAGCAGCUGGCCAAGUCUCCCAAGAGCCCCUUCUUGGCCAGCUGUGGCCAUGACCAGAAGGUGAAGUUCUGGGACAUUUCCUCACUCGGCUCCAUGGUUGUGGAGGACUACAGGAAAAAGAAGAAAAGUGGUCAGCUGAAAUCCUUGAGCAGCAAAGCGGUUGGUACUGGGGAGGAUUUCUUCGCAGGUCUGAGAGAAGACGUCGCAGGCCCAGAGGAGAAGGAAGAGGACCAGAGCGAUGACACAGACAGUGACUGAGAAGUCAGAUAUUUUUGGGGGGCUCAUUCCUCACAAGAGAAACUUGUAGGGUGAUUGCCAAGGGAACCUGAAAAGGCAGCAGCCCCUGCCUCCUCCCAGGCAUAGCUGCUGGUUGCUUUCCUGAACUGCCUUUAAAUCACCACGUGCUUCUGGAGUGUCUUCUUGAGAGAAGUACGGUGGAGGUGGCUGAGGGGCUCUGACAACCUGGAAAGAAAAUCCCUUCUCUCUGUGCUGUCAGGAGAGGACGUUCUCUUUGGAGGAGGGACAGAGAAGCUGCUGUUCCUGAUUGGAUUAAUAGUUGUCUUCCUGAGCUAUUUAAGAACCAUGUGGUCAUUCUGUGUAUAUGGACUGGCUUCCAUGCUGCAAAGCAGAAUUAGGUAUACGGGGUUUUUUUAUAAUCACAUAAUGUGGACAGGUUAGAAUGCUGGAGGCUCUUUGUUGAAAACAACUUGAUAAAAGUCUGUGUGGCUCAUCCAUUAAAACCAAGACAUUGA